AUGCUCCACUUCUUCAAUGGAAAUCUCUACUCCGUCUUCCCCAAGCGCCUCCUGGUCACAUGGUCUACGCUUCUCAAAGCUCCACAUUCGCCGUCGCCGCUGCUCGAUCGCCUCGUGGAAUCGCUCGGCCUGCCCUUAGAGUCCACCGUUUCGAUCUGCAAGAAGCUCAGAAUCGACGGCAAGGUCCCGGACGACGUCGAGAGAGCCAGUUCCGUGCUUGGGUUCUUGAAAUCCUGCGGCUACGACGAGGCGCGGCUCGCGAAAUUGAUCGCGAAGCGGCCGUCGCUGCUCCUGUCUGACGUGGAGUCGACCCUCAAGCCACAGAUGCAGUUCCUCCGCGAGAGCGGGGUGUCGGGUUCGGUCUUGCUCAGCGCCAUGGCCGUGAACCCUGCGGUCUUUAACAAGAGCGUGGAUUCGUUCUUGAAACCCCAGAUUGAUUUCCUCAAGAAGUAUCUCAGGAGCUCGGAUGCGUUCGAUACCGCCAUCAGGCGCAACUUGUGGCUCUUGACUGCGAAUCACAGGCGUAAUUUGGGCCCGAACAUCAAGCUCUUGAUGAGCGAAGGAGUAAGCAUCGAUGACAUAUCGCUGCUGAUGAUCCGGCAACCGAGAGCUCUGACACUCAAGGUUGAUAGGAUAGCUUCCGUUGUCGAAUCUGUCAAAAGGUUCGGGUUCGAGCCGGGGUCGAUGAAGUUUGUGAAGGCCGUGAGGGUGAUGUUGUCGAUGAACGAGUCGACUUGGCAUAACAAGGUGGAGUUUUUCAAGAGCUUGGGCUGGUGUCAAGAGGAUGUCGUGUCUAUGUUUAUGCGGUAUCCCCGUUUCUUGACUGUCUCGGAGGACAAGGUUAGGAGAGUAGUGGAAUUGAUAGCUCAGGAGGACAUAGUGUUUCAUCCACUGUCUCUUACGUAUUCGAUAGACAAAAGGCUUCAGCCUAGGCAUAACGUGAUUAAAGUCUUGUUGUCCGAGGGCUUGCUCGAAAAGGAUCGAAGAAUUAUCAAUCUGUUUAAACUGUCUGAUAAGUUGUUCCUGGAGAAUCAUGUGAUGAGGCACUUGGACCAGGUUCCCCAUCUGAUGGAGAUAUUCAGAGGCUCUGUGACCCCAUAG